AUGCUCAAAAAGGUCGAGAUGUAUCCUAUAAACAAUCAACUGUUGGAGUACUUGUCGACGACAUCGAUCGAAUCACUGGAUCUGAGCAAUGAGGAGUCGCUCGACUUGGAUCGUUGGUGCACCUAUCUUUCACAGCCCGAGAGCAUCAGCUCGCAGUGGAUGCCACUCAAACAGAGUCUCACACAGCUGGUCCUCUCCAAGCUGUCCAGUCUCGAAGAUCACACACUCUCUGCCAUUCUCGAACAGUUUCCAUUCAUCACCAACCUAAACGUAUCACAUUGCACACUUCUCAACGGAUCAUUCAUCAAACGAUUGUCAUCGUCGUCGUCGUCAUCGUCGUCCACAUCUCAUGUCGACAGACUUCAAACGCUGAACCUUCGCGGCUGUACAUCACUGUCACCAGACAGCUACUCAUAUAUUAAACAUUGUAACAACUUGGAGAUAUUGGUACUUAGCAAGACAAACAUUGGAGACGAUGAUUUGCCUAUGGUACUAUCGACAAUGGACAAGCUGAUGUGCUUGAAGCUCAAUCACUGCUACAACAUCUCGAAACAAGGUGUAGCUGCCAUUGCUCGACUGACCACUCUCGAACACCUCUACCUCAAUCACUGUACAUUACUUCAAACCGAGAACUCGCUGCAGGCGCUGCAGCACUCGACCACCAUUCAGCACCUGGACAUCUCCUUCUGCUUCAUGGACGACCGCUCGGUGGGCAGCUCGCUGUUCACCAUGCCCGCGCUGACCUCAUUGUCGAUCCAGCACAACUGCCUCUCGACCAGCUUCAUCCACGACCUCUCACUGUCGCCUCUGCGACACCGUCUCGUGCACCUCGAUCUGCGCGAGUCGCUCCACAUCACGCCAGUCGUUGCGCUCCGACUGUACCCGGCAACGCAGCUCACCGAGCUGUUCAUCUCGCCCAGCAGGCGAUCCAAGCACAACACAUCCGACACGUGCAAGAUCGACCUGGACGCAUUGUACAAGGCACACAAUCAGAUAAGGAUCAACGACAAUCAGAUACAACUGAAUCGCUCGAGCAUUAGACAGUCGAUCGUCGAGAAGCAGGAGCACUGUCCUUUGAUCCUGCUCGGUGAGGACGAGAAGUUCCAGGCCAGCCUGGUCAAGACGGUUCUCGAACGCAGCAACUUUGACGUGAGGAUCGCAUGCGAUGGCAAGUCGGCAUUUGAGAUGUUCUGCCAGACGCCCUACUUUGUGCUGGUCAUGAUGGACAUCUUCAUGCCGAUCCUGGACGGCCUUAGCUCCAUCCGCAUGAUCCGUCAGUUUGAAAAGUCAGUCAAUCUCAAGCGCACGCCAAUCAUCAUCUGCAGUGGCAACGACAAGACGUUGAACUCCAAUGGACAGUCCAAAGGCGAUGAGGGCUGCGAUGCAUUCCUGUCAAAGCCCCUGAAGAGGAACCUUGUAGACCUGAUCAUGAAGCUCACUACCACUCCGCCAACUUCACCGCCAUCCUCUUCGUCGCGUCCAUCAUCAAGAGUGCCACAGAUCACCUCUAGUUAG